AUGAGGACGAGCAGCGGCAGUGCUCGAGACGGGGGCUUGGCGAGGGAGGAAGGGACGGGAAGCAUGGGCGGCAGCAGCAGGAGAAGGAGGAGAGGAUCCAGCGCGAGGACGCUCGCGGCGGGGCUGGCGUUGACCCUUGCCGCCUGCUCGACUCCGGCGUACGGAUCCAAGGCGUAUCAUGCUCUCGAGCGUGCGGCCCAAGCCUCUGUCUACACUCGAACAACGGCACCAGCUGCGGAGACGAUUCUUUCAUGA